GGUCCGUUUAACCGUACGGUGUUCAAAAACUUCGCGAACCAAAACCCGAGAGUUGAAACGAGACAAAGAGCGGAAAAUUGUGAGAGAGAGAAACACAUCGAACCACCCAACAACAUUUCCAGAGAGAAAGUUUUCAUAGAGACCAUGUGAUCAUCUGCAACCACUCUCCAUCUGAACCACUCUGAGCAACUCUGAAAAUGGGCAACUCCGAUUGAAUUUGUGGGCAACUUUGAGCAACUUUCCGUCUAAAAAUGGGCAACACCGCCACAGCAAGACGCAACUCGGUGCUAACAAAACAGGAGAGCUCAAGCAGUGACGGAAAUCACGGACGUAUCACGUCCGGCAGCCGUCAGAACACGAUCACUGUCACGGAAGAGGAGCCACCCCAGCCUGUCAGUGCUGCCUCCAGUGAAGCUACCGCCUCCACACCGCCUCCGAGCUCGGAUCCGCCCCCGCAGCCUCUAACCGCCGCCCAGAAGCAGAUACUGCAGGAAACUUGGAGGGUGUUGGAGGAUGAUAUCGCCAAAGUCGGUGUGAUAACUUUUAUUAGAUGGCAUUCGUACAGAAGGCAGUUGCAAGACUGGAUGAACCAGAAAAACUAGAUUCUCUAUUGAGAGAACUAGGGAAGAAACAUUUCACGUACGGAGCCAAACACAAGUACAUUGAUCUGAUAGGUCCGCAAUUCAUCCAGGCGAUCCGGCCCUCCCUGGAGCAGCAAUGGACGGCGGAGACGGCGGCUGCAUGGACGGCGCUGUUCGCGCACAUGGGCGCCAUCAUGAAGGCGGAAAUGGUGGGCGCCGAGGAGGAGGCGAACCGCGCCAAGGCCGCCCAAUAGCAGCAGUCCGGCCGGCGGCCUUCGCUCUACAAGCGGCGCUGGAGUCUCGCACGCAAACAAUAACAGGAUGGUGAUAACAGCAUCUAUUCAGUUCUACAGACAAAAUCAUUGGACAUGUGAAACUAGUUUUAUUUACAACUAGUUAAUUCUUCAACGGAACAGUGAUUUUCAUUGAAGCGUGGUUCAGUACGACACUAAAAAUACAAUAUUGACAUUCGGAGAAUUGUAUUAUAAAUUAUUGUGAAAGAUGUGAACAACCAGAAACGACAAUAAACUGUUAAUCUGUGUUGAAAAUAGCUGUUAAUCUACUCCAAAUUUAUGAAAUUUGUGGCAGGUGAACAACCAAAAACGAAUAAAAACUGUUGAUCUGUGUUGAGAAUAGCUCUUAACCUACUUGGAAUUUAUAAAUUUUGUGAACCAUAAACGAGAAUAAACAGUUAAUUUGUGUUGAGAAUAGAUUUUAAUCUACUAGGAAUUUAUAAAAUUUGUGGCAGGUGAACAACCAAAAACGAGGAAAACCUGUUAAUCUGUGUUGAGAAUAGCUCUUAACCUACUUGGAAUUUAUAAAUUUUGUGAACCAAAAACUAGAAUGAACUGUUAAUAUGUGUUGAAAAUGGCUUCUAAUCUACUUGUAAUUUAUAAAAUUUGUGGCAGGUGAACAACCAAAAACGAAUAAAAACUGUUGAUCUGUGUUGAGAAUAGCUCUUAACCUACUUGGAAUUAAUAAAUUUUGUGAAGCAAAAACUAGAAUGAACUGUUAAUCUGUGUUAAAAAUAGCUCUUAAUCUACUUGGAAUUUAUAAAUAUCGUAAGACGGAAACAACCAGAGACGAUAAUAAACUGUUAUCCUGUGUUAAGAAUAGCUGUCAAUCUACUUGAAAUUUAUACAUUUUCUAUUCCAUGAUAUAGGUAUUUUGAUGAAAAAAUGUUACAUAAUAAAUUAAGAUACACUGAUUGGAGUGGAAUUGACAAUAACAUGGUUUACAUCAGUGUUUCUCAAUUCCAGUAUUUCAUAAUUACAUCAGAGUGUUUCUAAAGAACCAGAUCGUGAAUAAACUGUUGAUCUGUGUUGAAAAAAGCUGUUGAUCUGAAAAAAUCUGUUAAUCUACUUGUAAUGUAUAAAUUUUGUGAGAGGUAGGUGAACAACCAGAAAUGAGAAUAAACUGGUUAUCUGUGUU